UUUUCACAUUCUGCAAAAUACUCUGAAUCCAGAUUCGUUGAAGAUUUCACAUUUAUCUCGCACAUUAUCUAAUUGCCGGAUACAUAUUGCAAUGGAAAUAAGAAAUGAAAGAAUUAAAUGAAAACUUUAGACUAUAUAGAGCAGUAUACGAAUCCGUAGAAGAUAAUUGUAUUAAUCUAUAAAAUACUAUGAUUUGAAUUACGCGCAACAAUUUCCGAGUAUUUGUUGUACUCGCUGCGAACCGCCACCAUCGUGCCGCACAACUCGGUGAUAUCGUUUGUUUCACGGGAAACAACUGGACAUUUUAAAAGAUACGAACAUAUAUACUUUAUGUUUAUGAAAUAUAACACUAUAAAAAUAUAUUUUGAUAGAUGCAUGAGCAUAAAUAUUUUCUGAUAUAUACAUAUAUUUAUUAUAUAAGUUAGUUAUUUCUUACAAAUCUUUAAUUAAUAUUCUACUUUCGUUAAAAUUACAUAUGUUAAUAGAAAUUCUGUGAAAUUUCCGAAUGCGCACAUGUAAUGUCUAAAAAACUCACACUCUUGUACAUUUUCACAGAUGUUAAGGCAGUUGGAUCAUAAAAUCCCAAUAAUGUUAAAUCUAUUCUUAUAUCUCGUCUAUGGUUUUAGCUGUAGUGUCUAACUGAUAUACUACUGUAAACAAAAUACCAAAAUACUUUCUGACCAAAUUCUUACAUGUACUUCAGUACCUAUUGUACUACAUACGUACUGGAUUAUUGUUAAACCAUCAUUAUGGCAUCAUCGCAUACCGAUUAUUUAAAUUUCACAUCCAAUUUCGAUUUUAUUACAGAAAAGUUGCAUAUAUUGCUCAAUGGGAAACAUAAUGAAAUAAAGUUAAUCAACAAUUAUCUUUGUGAUCUUAAUAAACUCGAUUAUAGAUUUGUUACUAGUUCUAAUAGUGAUCGAUUGCAGUUGUUAAUUAAACAAUUAUGUAUAAUUGCGACACCUAUGGAAAUAGAUUUAAUAACAAGUACAUCCAAACUUUUAGUCAAUGUGAUCCAAAACAAUGUAAAACUCCAGUAUCAGACAAUUGCAAGUGUUAUGCAGUGGAUUUCAGUAAUAUCGGAGACAGGUUCACCUGAUAUAUGUAAAGAUGUCAAUAAUGUUAUGAAGUGUUUUUUAAUUAAUAUAGAUUUUAAUGAUAUAAAUCAUUAUUUCCAAAUAUUAUUGGAAAAGGAGAAAUUAUUAAAAAAUGAUUUACUUCUUAGUUGCUUAGAAGCAUUUUUAACAAGUAAAUGUAAUGAGAGAUACAUUAGACAAGAAUUUAUAUUUGCCACCAAGAAUAUUGUGUUAAAUAUUCUUUCAUCUUCUUUACAAUUGAUAAGAAAAAAUGAUAGUAAAUUAUAUUAUGCAAAAAACUUAACUUUAUGUUUACGUAUAAUUCAUAUCAUAAUAGUCAAUAAGCAGCUACCACAUUCAAUAGACUUCAUGGGUGAAAUUUUGGGAAUAGUGCAAGCACUUUUAUUUUAUGGUAUUGAGGAAUAUGAACUUGUAAUGCCACAAUGUUUACGUCCAGCAGCUAUGAAUCUACCCGAACAAAUUCAUGUUAUUCCUAAAUGUAAAAAUCUUAAGAAUCAUAAAACAAAGGGAAAAAAGCAAUCUAUCAAGAAAACUAGCAAAGAACUGAAAAAUAAUAUUACAACAGAAUGUAAAAAUAUUAGUAUGCAUUCUAGUGAUUCUGAUAUUUCGGACACUGAAAGUGCUAAUUCUAUGUAUGCAAUCUCUAAAGUUAGAUUAGAAGCUAUACAUUUAUUGCAAGUACUUGUCGAAAAUUCACAAAGCCGUGAAAUAUUUGGAUUUUGGCCACAAAUUGUUGCUACUGGAUCUCAAAGUGAUGCAAGGGUACUAACUAGAUGUAUUUUGAAAGAACCUAUAUCAAAAGUGAAGCAAAGUAUGCUGAACACUCUCACUGAAUUACUCAUUGACGCUAAACCCUUUUUGGUUCAUGCAGAAGAUACCUAUCAUACAUCUUUUAUAACUUUUUUUGGUACAGUGGGUUCAAUGAUAAAAGAAUUGCAUUUCACAUUAUCCUUGGUGUUAAGCAGUGAUAAAAAUAUAGCUGUUUUAACCAGUGCUUUAAAAUGUUCUACUGCACUAAUUCAAGGUACACCUUACGCACGUUUGAAAACAGGACUUGCUACAAAAUUAAUGAGAAAUUGUAGCCCAUACAUAUUUCAUAAAGACGCGACAAUUUGUGUAGCAGCUCUAUCGACUUUUGAAGCUGUUGCUUCCUGUGAUCCACUAACACCAGAAAUAUUUAAUAUACUUGCAAAACAAUCAAAGUUAGAUACAGAAGCAGAGCAAAUACAUUUGAAUGCUUCACACAGUGACAAUACAGAAGGAGAAGAAGAAGGAGAAGAAGUAGAUAUUGAAGAUCUGAAAAUCAAUGAAUCUUCUGGAUAUGAAAAUAAAUUGUUAAAAGGAACAAACGUGUGCUUUUUGAUUCACGUUUGUUUAAAGAACAUUUCUAAUAAGAUGAUGAGCCUUCCCGUUCGUCUUCAAUCUCUGAAACUACUUGGUAGAAUGGCUUUUAAUACUCGAAGUCUUGUGUUUCCCUAUAUGGAAUUAAUUACAGCAACUUUAGCUACACUUAUACAGGAUUAUGAAAUACAAGUGAUAUUACAUGCUUGUCGUACUUUAGAAAUUAUGGCCGGUUGUCUUCUAAAUGACUCAGAGAACAGUAAUGCCUUAUUAUUCUGGAAUAUUAUAUUUGAACCUGUAACAUCAAUUCUUCAACAUUCACAGACAAUAUUAAGAGAGGUAGCAUGCGCUUGUUUAGGCAGCAUUAGUCCUAUUGUGUUUACUCAACAACCAAGGAAAAAAACUAUUUUAAUUAUCACAGUACUGUUUGGUGCAGUGCAUGAUGAAGAAAGUGCUGUAAGAGCUGCAGCAUUAAGAGCAUUGGGAAUGUUGGUCACGCUUCCUCCAUUGAAAGAAGAAACUGGAUUUUUAAUGGAUUUAGCCGACGUAAUUUGUUUAAAUGCCGAUGAUAGCAAUCUUGGUGUUCGCAUUAAAGGAAUUUGGGCACUAGCUAAUUUAUGUGAUUGUUUCUCCAAAGAAAGAAAUGAUGAAGCAGAACCUCUUCCUUUGGAAAUUUUAUUACCAAAAUUGUAUCAAAUUAGCCUUAAAGCAUCGAAAGAUAGUGAUAAAGUGAAAUGCAAUGCUGUUCGAGCUCUUGGAACUAUUUUGAAUGUGUGUCCCAAAAAACAUAUAUUGAACGAUACAUUCUCAGGACUGGUGGCCCUUAUAAAUUGUGCCACUACAGGACAUGAUAUGAAAGUACGUUGGAAUGCUUGUCGUGCUCUAGGAUUGGUUUUAAGGAACGAUCCAGAUAAUAUACUACCAUAUUCGUGGCGUGACUCAGUAUUUCCUCCAUUAUGUAAUUUAAUAUGCCAUAGUCCAAAUUUUAAAGUACGCUCAAAUGCAGCAUGGGCACUAUGUGCUUGUGACUUUUAUGGAAGAUACAUUGUAACUGUGUGGAAGAGUAUUAUUGUAGCAUUUGAAAAUUCUCAACAUGUGCCUAGCUAUACUGAGUAUCCACAUCGUGAUACUCUUGUUCAACAAUUGUGCCUUACCCUUAGUCAUGUUGCUGCUUGCACCUAUGAGUCUGAUUUACAAAAUCUUUGGUUUGAGAUUGGUGACCACGUGGAUGACAUUUCUAACUAUAUGAAACAAUUUCAGGAAACAAUUGUGCCUGAAAAAAUUGGAGAUUUAAUAAAAGCGAAAUCUCAACUAGAGAAAUAUGAAAAAAGUGCUUCUUCAUUCCAAGAUCGACGAAUUGCCGGCACAUUGGCAGGCAUCUUUGAAAGAACCAAACGAUAUGACAAUUUAGAAGCAGCUCUCCCAGCAUUAUGAUAGAAAACUAUUAAAAAUAUAUUUGAAACACCUCAAUAAUUGUUAAGGA